CACGUGACUGACAAUGUUGUCUCAAUUUUUCAUUCUCUCUUCAAGAGGAGACACUAUAGCGUUCAGAGACUAUCGAGGCGACGUCGUGAAGGGCACUGCUGACAUUUUUUACAGGAAAGCGAAAGGGUGGAAGGGCAGCCAAGCGCCACCUAUAUUUAACGUGGAAGGAGUGCACUUCAUUCACAUUAAACGUAGUGGACUGUACUUUGUAUUCACCACCAAGUUCAACGUAUCGCCCGCGUUCGUAAUAGAAACAUUGAACAGACUGUGUAAUCUGUUCAAAGAUUAUUGUGGUAUCCUUAAUGAGGAAUCUCUGCGACUAAAUUUCGUGCUCAUUUACGAACUACUGGAUGAAGUUCUUGACUUUGGGUAUCCUCAAGUUCUCUCGACAGAGACACUGAAGACGCAUGUACAUAAUCAACCCGUUCCUGUGGAAAUGGAGAAACAACAUCACGCCUCGUUUAUAGGAUCAUCUGGACCUGCCUCUAAUCAAAAGAGUGUGCCAAGCUUUGCUGCGAACAAACCGAUAGCUGUUAGCUUGGAACAGCAACGAGCUCAAAAGAAUGAAAUUUUUGUUGAUCUGUUGGAGAGGCUCACUGUGCUGAUAGGAGCUGAUGGAACUGUCCUACGAGCUGAAGUGGCUGGUUGCUUGCAAAUGAAGAGCUUCCUAGCUCACAGUUCAGAAGUGAGGCUCGGAUUAAAUGAAGACUUGGUAAUUGGGAAUACAGAUAGAGGGUCUGGUUCACUAGGUGUAACACUUGAUGACUGCAGUUUUCAUGAAGCUGUUAAUCUGGAAGAGUUUGAAAGAGAUCGUGUAGUGAGCAUCAUGCCACCAGACGGAGAGUCUACCCUCAUGAAUUAUCGAGUAUCGGGUGACUUUCGAAACACUUUGCCAUUUAAUGUAUUUCCACUGGUUGAAGAAGGAGAAUCGGCAAGAUCCUCCGUUGAUAUUUCAUUAACCCUGCGCUGCAAUCUUCCUUCAAACUGUCAUGCAAUGAACAUCACAGUUCGAAUACCAGUACCAAAAUCAACGACAAGAGUAUCUCAAGAGUUGGGAGCUAGUCAGACAAUGGAAUACAAAGCGUUAGAGAAAUCAAUCCUCUGGAAGAUGAAAAAGAUCAGCAGCCACGCAGAACAGCACGCCAAAUUCAAAGUGAGCGUGUCUGAAAAGAGCAAGACCACUAGGAAAGAGAUUGGACCUCUGAGCAUCGACUUCGAGAUACCAAUGUUUGUCUGCUCCGGUCUGAACAUCCGAUUCCUGAGGGUGUUCGAACGCAGCGGAUCCUACAGUCCGUUCCGGUGGGUGCGCUAUAUCACACACAGCGAUUCCUACGUCAUUAGGAUAUGAGGCGAGAAUGAGAGAAGAUCACCUAGAACGUGAAGAGCUGCUUACGUGCGCACUGCAGAUGACUCGUGCAUGUCUAUGUAUUUCCGGUGUAAGAGGACUCGACUUCCUCAAGUGAUGUGUUACACUAAUAAAGCGAAGCCUCACCUGGACACGCGUGCUGCUUCGUCCAUCUCUGCAGCACUCGUUCCCAGAA